AUGGCGGACAAGAGCACGCAGAUCGUCGUCACUGCCUCAUUGUUCCUUCUUCUGACGUGGAUCGCGGUCGGGCUCCGUGUCUACUGCCGGGCGUAUCUGGUCCGAUCCCUCGGCAUCGACGACAAAUUGAUGGCGUUCCUCCUGCUCUGGUGGAUCCUCGAGCUCAUGAACGUGGUCUCGACGUGCCUGCUCAAGAUCUCGGUCGGCUUCUUCCUCCUACGCGUGGCCGUCGACCGCCCGCACGUCUGGAUCCUGCGCGUGCUGAUGGCCGGCACCGUCUUCUUCGGCGCCACGUACCUCGCCAUGGUCGCGGCGCAGUGCCGGCCCCUAUCGACGUACUGGACGCAGGGCCCGCGGACGCCGGGCCACUGCUGGCCGCGGCAGGUCAUCUACGUCAUGACCAUCGCGGCGACGGUCGUCAACACCGGCGCCGACUUCGUGUUCGGCACGCUGCCGUGGUUCAUCGUGCGGUCCCUCAACAUACCGCUCGGGAACAAGAUCGUGGUGGUGUGCAUCCUGGGGCUGGCCGCCAUGACGUUCAGAGGAAGCACGGCAACGAUAGUGCGGGCGUUCUACAUCCCUUCGCUGCUAGAAAGCGACAACUUCUUGUACGAGACAUCGGGCUUCGCCAUCUGGAGCACGGUCGAGCCAGGCGUAGGCAUGAUAGCCGCCUCCAUAGCGACCCUCCGCCCCCUCUACCGACUCAUCGUAUCCAAGCUUCACGGCUCGCUGGGCAGUCGGAACCCCAGGGCAGCUGAGCGCGAAAUGCGAGCGAGGCAGCAGGCUCGGCGCAACGAGACAAGGCGCAUGGUCCGGCGGGCGCACAAUCUCGACACCGAGAGCGGGCCGGUCGGUACGGACAUCAUGUCGCCGCGGGGCAUCUUCGAGGUCGAACCCCGCCUCGGGGAGAGCAGCAAGUACACGAACUCGACGAACCGCGUGGAACUGAGCCAUAUCGCCACUAUCCCCGAAAGCGUCGGCGUGGUCAACCCCAAUAGUCGAGAGUCGUCCGCGAGACCCGAGGGCGACCCGGGGCGAGCCAGGGAACCUACAGACGGUGACUCUGGGGGAAGUGGAAGUAGAGAGCCGAGGGAACAUGGUAGUCAAGUAGAGGAUGUUCGAGAGUUGUCCUCUGGCUUGUUUUCGCCCCGGAUUGCGUGGGAACCGCCUCAGGUCUCGCCGUUCUCAUCAAGCUGGAGUUUGCGGACUCGCGACAGCCGUCGCAGUUCACAGAAUGGUGCGAGAACAGGGGCUCAGAAAUCAGAAACCAUCGACCGCAUGAAGCUUGAUGGACACGUUCAACCUUGA